AUGCCCGGCACGCCCAGCCUGCUGCCUCCGCUGCUCGCCUUGCUGUGCCUCGGGGUCGCCGACCCCAACGCCGACCCCGACGAGCCGUGGUGCCCCUACAAGGUGGGCGGCGAUGGAGCGGGGGCGCGGCUCUGCUUCCGCCCGCCGGCCCGCGGCUUCCAGUGCUCGGCUCGGGGGUGCCGCGCCCACCGCUCCGCGGGCGGUGCGCUGGUGGCCAACGUGCUGCGGAACGGCAGCGUGCUGCUGCAGUGGGGGCUGCGGCACUGGGGGCCUCCAUCACCGCGCCCCUCCGCCUCCCUGCGCGGCUUCGCGCUCAACUGCUCCUGGGACGGCACCUACACGCGCUUCCCCUGCGACAGCGUGGAGCUGGGAGCCGCAUGUCGCGACUACCUGCUGGCCGAGGCGCACGGCAGCGUGCGCUACCGCCUGUGCCUGCAGCCGCGCUUCGCCCCGCCGCGCCCCGCGCCGCCCGCGCAGUGCGUGGAGUUCCGCGUGGAGCCCGCGGCCAUGCGCGACAUCGUCGUGGCCAUGACGGCCGUGGGGGGAUCCAUCUGCGUGAUGCUCGUCUUCAUCUGCCUGCUCGUGGCUUACAUCACCGAGAACCUCAUGAGCCCCGCGCUGGCCCGCGGAGGACACGCGGCCGCCGCUCCGCACCCCCGCGCGUAG